AGGCCCCGGCCUGGGAGCAGGUACCGACCCGGCUAUGGCACCGGCUACUUCCAGUACGGUCUCCCGGACCUGGUACCAGAUCCCUACUACAUCCAGGCGUCCACUUACGUGCAAAAGAUGUCCAUGUACAACCUGAGAUGCGCUGCGGAGGAAAACUGCUUGGCCAGCUCAGCAUAUAGAGCAGAUGUCACAGAAUAUGAUCACAGGGUGCUGCUAAGAUUUCCCCAAAGAGUGAAAAAUCAAGGGACAUCAGAUUUCUUACCAAGCCGACCAAGAUAUUCCUGGGAAUGGCACAGCUGUCACCAACAUUACCACAGCAUGGAUGAGUUCAGCCACUAUGACCUGCUUGAUGCCAACACCCAGAGGAGAGUGGCUGAAGGCCACAAAGCAAGUUUCUGUCUGGAGGACACAUCCUGUGACUAUGGCUACCACAGGCGGUUUGCAUGUACUGCACACACACAGGGGUUGAGUCCUGGCUGUUAUGAUACUUAUAAUGCAGACAUAGACUGCCAGUGGAUUGACAUCACAGAUGUAGCACCUGGAAACUACAUCCUAAAGGUCAGUGUGAACCCCAGCUACUUGGUGCAUGAAUCGGACUAUUCCAACAAUGUCGUGCGCUGUGACAUUCGCUACACAGGACAUCAUGCGUAUGCCUCGGGCUGCACAAUUUCCCCGUAUUAAAAAGCAAGCCAAGACUCCCAAUGGAUAAAUCAGUGCCUGGUGUUCUGAAGUGGGAAAAAUAGAUUAACUUCAGUAGGAUUUAUGUAUUUUGAAAAAGAGAACAGAAAACAACAAAUUAAUUUUUGUUUGGACUUUUUUAUAACUAAGCACAUAACUGGAUUUUGAACAUUUAAAUUGGCAUUGUUUGGAAAAAUUGUAAUAUUAUUAUCCACAUUAUUUUGUGAAUUAACAUGUUUCAAUUCUGUAGUUGCACCCUUGGCUCUUUCGAAGAAAUCCAAAUUUAUGCUCUUUUUGAAAUUAUAAUACAGAAGAGAAAGUAAUAUUGCAAUGAAUGAGCCAAAAUUACUUUGAACUGGGAAUUUUCUAAAGUGCUGUAACUUCAGUGAACUACGGUAAUCAUUGGCUUAUAUAUGUCCUGGCUCCUACUGUUUAAAUUGGUAUGGACACAUUUGGUGCUGAGAAAGAAACAAAUGUAUUACCAUUGGUCUCAAAAAAUAUUACUAUAUAGCAGAGAAAUGGCAGUAUAUGUAUUCAGAUAGUUACAUCCCUAUAUAAAAUUUAUGUUUACAUUUUUUAAUUAGUAGAUAAACUUUCUUUCUGUCAAGUGUACAAUUUCAUUCUGACAUACGUCAGUUUUUAUUUUGGGACAAAUUAAGUAAUUGAGCUGCCCAACUCUCCCUGACGUUUGUUGAUGCUCCACUCUACUCUUUAAUUUUCCUAUGGGCAGAGACCUUUUAAGUGGCAUCUUAAAAUUACCCUUCUGGGGACUGGUAUACAUAGGACAACUGUGUCAGUGGGAAGUUAUUCUGAUGACAAACGUGAUAUAUCCAAAGAUAAUGCACAAUUAAGUAUAUUGAGGUACUAGCCAAAUUUUUUUUCUUACAGACAUAAAAUAAAAAGCAAAAUGAACAAGUCCCUCAAACUACAACUGUCUCUCAAAUAAUUUUUAAAAAGUAAUGAAAACCAUCUUAGAAUUUUCCAAUUUUCUACAUUUAAAAAAACGUUCAGCUUUAAAAAGAGGAAUGCUAGACAGUUUUAAGUUAUCCAGAAUAGAUGACAUAAUGUGUGUGGGUACAGGAACCAUAUCCUAUGUCAUCCAGGAAUCAGUCGUGUGUGUGUGUGUGUGUGUGUGUGUGUGCACGUGUGUGUGUCUGAAAUAUAAUCCAGAUUAGCAAAGCACACAGCAUUAUGUACUUGAGGGGUUGGUGAGUAAAGGUAAAAAAAAAUACUUUCGGCAAAACCAAAGGCUGUGCUGCAUAA